UUGUUUUAGGUCACCUCCAAUGUUUUCUUUAAAUUUUGAUUGCCGUAAAUCCACAUUUUUGGCUACUGUUCUCUCAUUUACUUGUUUCCUUUCCGCUAUUGUUUUUAUUCCAAUCAGCUUCAUUCACAAUCAACAAAGACUUUCUUACCUGCUUGCCAAUGUUGAGCUAUGCAAAGCGGAAACUCGAGAUAUUGUGUCUCAACUGGCUAUAAGACCCAUCCGUGUUAAACGAGACAUUGACAGCAAUAGUAACCCCUAUGCGCGUUACGCCGCAAUUUUGUCGGCAUCACGCGGUGCCUGCUGUUCUUGCAGCCAAGGACCGCCUGGGGAAAGAGGAAAGCCUGGACGAGAUGGACGCCCUGGAAAGGACGCUACGCCAGGAUCAGACGGAUAUCCUGGACGAAAUGGAAAAUAUCUACCGGCACCUCCAGCCGGCACUGACAGUUGUCAGAAAUGCCCUCCAGGUUCAAAUGGACCUCCAGGAUUGCCUGGAACCAAAGGCCCUCGUGGUCCUCCUGGUAAAGCUGGACAGCCGGGAAGAGCUGGCGGUUUGUUAUCUUUGAUAAACGAUUUUUUGAGAAUUUUAAUGAUUUUAGACAACAAUCGACCUGGACCGCCAGGACCACCGGGUCCUAGAGGCGAUCCAGGCUUUAUGGGCGACAAGGGACCUAAUGGAGAUAGAGGAAAAGUGUUGAAUGGAGCCCCUCCCGGUCCUUCGGGCCCGGCUGGUCCAUCAGGUAACGUAAAUCGAUUAGACUGA